AUGCUUCUCGCCAUGCUCGACAACCGCCCGGCUCCGGUCGACCCGCCCUCACUCGACCUCACCCAGCUGAACGCCGCGCUCGCCAGUACCGGUCCCGCCCCACUCCCCAAGCGCUCCUGGCACGCGCGUGCGGAUCGUCGUACUACUCAGCCCAGGCGGACGUCGGACAAGUCGGACAAGUCACAAAAGUCGGCCAAGUCCAACAAGUCGGGCCAGUCCAACAAGUCGGGCAAGAGCGAUGGUCGGAUAUCCCUCAAGCUGGGCAAGCUCCCUCCGGUCGACCUCUCCCUCCCCCUCUCUCGGCUGUCGGAAGCCCUCGACCUCGCACCCCUCUCCCUUCCCACCCCCUCGUCGAAAGAGCGCCGGGCUACCAAAGCCGCUCUCGCCCUUCGUACCCUCAUCCUUGACCCGCCCGCGCUCGAGGUCGUCGCGCUCUCCAUACCGGCCAUUCCUCCAAUGCCGCAAAAGGGGACCAAGGGACGGAAGAGCUCGGCGCAGAUCCCGCAGCUCAGGGAGAAGGAUGUCGAGCGGCUUCGCACGCAGCUGCUCAAGCCAGAGGAGGCCAAGAUGGUCAUUGCUUCGGCUCGGAACCUCUACAUCGACAAGCCCAACGCAGCGGUGGAACGGGCGGUAUGCCUCGACUGCUCAGAGUCGCAGGCGGACCAGCUCAUCGUCGAGGCCAAGCGGAUCGAGGCGGCUAGGCGGCAAAAGGAGGAGCAUCUCGACGCCCACCGGUUCUCCACGCUCAAGUCGGCUCCACCCCCUCCGCCCCGGCUCCCCGUCCUCUUGUCGCUCUUCGCGGGCUUGACGUCGAUCGGUACGGCGGUACAGGCCAGCGGAGCGGAUAGCAAUAUCAUGACCCUCGGUCUGUUCGAGCCGGCGUCGGCGAUGAGUCUGCAUCGGCCUCUUGCGGGUGCGCUUCCCAGCGCAGACACCCUCCGCAGGGGGUUUGACGCGCUCAUCAACGCCGAGAGCAAGAUCUACCUCUAUGAUGGACCGAGUCAUAAGAACAUACAUCCUCCUCUGGAUCGGAUCAGUGUCUAUACGUAUUGGUGGGGCUUUGAGAUUGCUUUGCCACCUCCUACCUUGGAGUAUCUCGACCGGGCCAAGUCCAUCGCCACGUCCAUCCUCAACCUCCUUUCGGUCAUCGUCUAUGCUGUACCUGGCGGUACUCGAGAAUUGGCGCCUUUUGUCGGUGUCUUGAGUCGGUAUAUCGAGAACGAGUGGAACCUCUUGAAGAGCCAGGACAAGGGGAAGGGCGUAGUGUGUGGAGCUACCUGGUUUAUCCCCGCUGCGCUCACUGCCCGUCCAUGGGACUUUGGCGAAGAGACCCUCCGCGACCGCAACGAGAACCACGAGAUCUCGAUCAACCCGCCCGAACCGCCAGAGGAGGCGAUCGUGCGCGUCAGCGGGCCCAAGGGGGAAGCGGAAGGUGUCGUCCUCGGUGUCGGCCGGGGCUUGGGUAUCGGGAACGUCGAGGCCACGCCCAGCCACCCCACAUCUCCCGGUGCACCGGCUACGCGUGACCCCAGCCAGACUAUCGGUCCCGGAUGGAAGAAGAAGGCUCCCAUCCCUGCUCCCCACGCGCACACCCAGGUCAUCUGCGACGAGCACCGGUCUAUGCACACUGGCGCGGUCAACCCCUCCCCGCUCGCCCAUACCCUCGCUUCCGUCGAUGAGGGGCAGAGUCAGCCCAGCUCGGCCAACUCGUCCGCGGUGUCUACGCCAGAAAUCGAAGUUUGGGUCAAGCCGGCCGAGACCAAGCGAUCCCCGUCUAUUUUGUCGACAUCGCGGUUCAAGCGGUCCAAGCAAAAGGCAAAACCCCCUCCUAUUGACCCUUCCAAAGCCAACGCUCCCAUCGACUCCCCCUUGGACUCGCCUGCCGCGUCCAGCAUCCCUACACCCUCCGACACCGCCUCCACCCCCAAACCUACUCCCCCUUCACCAAGACCUGCGACCGACACUUCCCUCGUCACCCUCGCCGACCACUUCGUCUCGGAUACCCUUCGUCUGCUGAAGGGGACGCUCGGGCGCAAAGGCGGCCGUCCUGCCAGGAAUAUCCCGUGGCAUCACAAGCACGGCGAUGAGAAGAAGGAGGGCAUGACGGGGUCGCUCGCGCAAGAGUCAGGCGCGAAGAAGGGGAUCAGGCAUGGGAGGAGUUUGUUUGAGUUGAGACGGUUCUACAACCGGAGCAUGUGA